AUGCUGGUGAUCCUGCUCAACUGCGUGACACUGGGCAUGUUCCACCCCUGCGAGGACAUCGCCUGCGACUCGCCACGCUGCAGGAUCCUCCAGAGCUUUGACGAUUUCAUCUUUGCCUUCUUUGCUGUGGAAAUGAUCGUCAAGAUGAUUGCGCUGGGCAUUUUUGGGAAGAAAUGCUACUUGGGAGACACAUGGAACCGCCUGGACUUCUUCAUUGUCAUCGCAGGGAUGCUGGAGUAUUCCCUGGACCUGCAGAACGUCAGCUUCUCAGCGGUCCGCACUGUCCGUGUCCUGCGGCCGCUCAGGGCCAUUAACAGGGUCCCCAGUAUGCGCAUCCUGGUAACACUUCUUUUGGACACGCUGCCCAUGCUGGGGAACGUCCUUCUCCUCUGCUUCUUUGUCUUCUUCAUCUUUGGCAUCGUGGGAGUCCAGCUGUGGGCAGGUUUGCUCAGGAACCGCUGCUUCCUACCCGAGAACUUCAGCAUCCCCUACACAGUGGAUUUGGAGCGAUACUACCAGACAGAGAAUGAAGAUGAGAACCCUUUCAUCUGCUCCCAGCCCCGGGAGAAUGGGAUGCGCUAUUGCCGGAGUAUCCCAACACGGAGGGAAGAAGGUCUCGAGUGCACCCUGGAUUAUUAUUCCUACAAUGACACCACCAACACAUCCUGUGUCAAUUGGAACCAGUAUUACACCAACUGCUCUGCCGGGGAGCACAACCCCUUCAAGGGAGCCAUCAACUUUGAUAACAUUGGCUACGCCUGGAUCGCGAUAUUUCAGGUCAUCACGCUGGAAGGCUGGGUGGACAUUAUGUACUUUGUCAUGGAUGCACAUUCCUUCUACAACUUCAUCUACUUCAUCCUCCUGAUCAUUGUGGGCUCUUUCUUCAUGAUCAACCUCUGCCUGGUGGUGAUAGCAACGCAGUUCUCCGAGACAAAGCAGCGGGAGAGCCAGCUGAUGAAGGAGCAGCGGGUACGCUACCUGUCCAACGCCAGCACCCUCGCCAGCUUUUCAGAGCCGGGCAGCUGCUAUGAUGAACUCCUCAAGUACCUGGUUUACAUUGCCCGUAAAGGCAGCAAGCAGCUCGUGGAGGUCUACCGGGUGGUGGGCGUGAGGAUGGGCUUCCUCGCCAGCCCUGCGAGCAAGGCCGGGGCCGACCGGCACUCCAGGAAGCGCCGGAGCAGGAAGAGGUCCUCAGUGCACCACCUCAUCCACCACCAUCACCACCACCACCACCACUAUCACCUGGGCAAUGGGAACCUGAGGGCACCCCGUGCCAGCCCGGAGAUCAGCGACGUGGAGACCAGCUCUCUCCACAACGGGACCAAUCGGCUGAUGCUCCCCACCUCGGCACCGAACCCCCACGGGGCCCCCAGCGCCGCUCCCAGCAACACCGAGUCUGUCCACAGCAUCUAUCAUGCUGACUGCCACUUCGAGCCGGUGCGCUGCCGGUCAUCCCUCCCGCAGCCGAGCCUCGGCUUGCCAAGCCCAGAGGGGAUCCCCAAGAACAUCGUGGGCAGCAAGGUGUACCCCACGGUGCACCCCAGUACCUCCCAUGAGAUGCUGAAAGAGAAGAACCUGGGGGAGGCGGCGGUCGGUGCCGGGAGCAGCACCUUGACAAGCCUCAACAUCCCACCUGGGCCGUACAGCACCAUGCACAAGCUGCUGGAGACUCAGAGCACGGGGUUCUUUUCAGUCCAUGUUACGGAGAAAGGAGAUGGCUUUCCAGGUCCCUGCCAAAGCUCCUGCAAGAUCUCCAGCCCCUGCACCAAGCUGGACGGCGGCUCCUGCAGCCCCGAGAGCUGCCCGUACUGCCUCAAGGCGCUGGCGAGCGAGGCCGAGCUGACGGACAACGAGACGGCUGACUCGGACAGCGAGGGGGUCUACGAGUUCACACAGGACGCCCACUACAGCGACCAACGGGACCCGCAACGGGGCAGAGCCCGGGCCAGGAGAGCAAGCCGGGUGCUGGCCUUCUGGCACAUGGUGUGCGAGACCUUCCGGAAGAUCGUGGACAGCAAAUAUUUUGGCCGUGGGAUCAUGGUGGCCAUCCUCAUCAACACGCUCAGCAUGGGGAUUGAGUACCACGAGCAGCCAGAGGAGCUUACCAACGCCCUGGAGAUCAGCAACAUAGUCUUCACAAGCCUCUUUGCCCUGGAGAUGCUGUUAAAAGUCCUUGUAUAUGGUCCUUUUGGCUACAUUAAGAAUCCAUACAACAUCUUCGAUGGGAUCAUCGUGGUGAUUAGCGUGUGGGAGAUAGUGGGCCAGCAAGGAGGGGGGCUCUCGGUCCUGCGGACCUUUCGGCUCAUGCGAGUUUUGAAGCUGGUCCGCUUCAUGCCAGCCCUCCAGCGCCAGCUCGUAGUCCUCAUGAAGACCAUGGACAACGUGGCCACGUUCUGCAUGUUGCUGAUGCUCUUCAUCUUCAUCUUUAGCAUCCUGGGGAUGCACCUCUUUGGCUGUAAGUUUGCUUCAGAGCGAGAUGGUGACACGCUGCCCGACAGGAAGAACUUCGACUCCUUGCUCUGGGCCAUCGUCACUGUUUUCCAGAUUUUGACCCAGGAAGAUUGGAACAAGGUCCUUUACAACGGCAUGGCGUCGACCUCCUCCUGGGCUGCUCUCUACUUCAUCGCUCUCAUGACGUUUGGGAAUUAUGUUCUCUUUAACCUGCUGGUGGCCAUCCUGGUAGAGGGUUUUCAGACAGAGAAAGGCAAACUGGGAGUGCAAGAACAGGGUGAUGCUUCCAAGUCUGAUUCCGAGGGGGAUCUCUUUCCCCGCAGCCUGGAAGAGGAGGGAGGACUUAAGAAGAACUUCUCAAAUCCAGCCUUGAUGGCCCUGAGCGACCACCCGGAGCUGAAGAAGAGCCUGACCCCGCCGCUCAUCAUACACACUGCUGCCACGCCGAUGCCCAUGCCCAAAAGCGCCAUGUUCGGAGACGCAGCGCAGGGCUAUGAGUCCCGCCGGGCUAGUGGCGUCUCUGUGGACCCCGCCGCCUACGAGCUCAAGUCCCCGGUACUCGCAUCACCUCCUCCUGUGGAUGCUCAGCAUGUGUCCGUUGGGCUUGCGGGGCUGUCUGUCCAUCCAUCCGCCCCAGCUGGCGGAACGGGCACGGGCCGAGCCCCCAGCCUCAAGCGUCGGGGGCAGAGCGGCGAGCGCAGAUCCCUCCUCUCCGGGGAGGGGAAGGAGAGCUCGGAGGAGGGGGAGAGCUCAGAUGAGGAGCACUCCAGCCGGGCCGGCAGCUUCAAUGGCUCUUUGCCUCAUCGCAUGGAGUCACUGGAAACAAAAGGCUCCUUCGACCUCCAGGAUACCCUGCAGGUGCCUUCCCUGUACCGGACCAGUAGCAUGCACAGCAGCCGAACCUCCACCUCUGACCACCAGGACUGCAACGGGAAGACCUCUCCGGGUCUGCUGCUGCACCAGCUUCACCUGGAUGACCCCCGACAGGACUGUGAUGACUGCGAUGAUGAAGGCAACAUGAGCAAAAGGGACCGCAUGAAGGCGUGGGUACGAGCACGUCUCCCCACCUGCUGCAAAGAGAGAGACUCCUGGUCCAUCUACAUCUUCGCCCCUCACUCCAGAUUCCGUCUGAUGUGCAAUAAAAUCAUCACACACAAGAUGUUUGAUCAUAUCGUCUUGGUGAUCAUUUUCCUGAACUGCAUUACCAUUGCCAUGGAACGACCCAAAAUCGAGCCUCACAGCGCU